AUGGCCGCCUUAGCUGCUCCAGGUCCUCACAUGACACAUGGGCACCACUUCCAGGCCUACCCAUCCGUCAGUAUGGGGCCCAUAUGGGGAUUCAAGGCUCCUUCACCUAUGUCUUCAACCUCCGCCUCAGGAAACGCCUCGCCCACACACGACGUCCAUGGGCAGCAAGAAAAGCUCUCAGAAACAAACUUGUACAUCCGAGGUCUCAGCGCUGAGACAAAGGACGAGGAUCUCCACACGAUGUGCGAGCGCUUCGGCAAAAUCGUUUCCACGAAGGCAAUAGUCGACAACGAAAACGGCAAGUGCAAAGGAUACGGCUUCGUUGACUUCGAAGACCCAGAAAAUGCACGCGUCGCUAAAGAAACCUUGGCAGAAGAUGGUAUACAGAUUCAGUUUGCCAAGAAACAAGAAGAAGAUCCGACAAAUAUCUACUUCUCAAACUUGCCAGAGUGGAUCUCCGACAAAUCCCUUCGCGACAUGCUCGAACCUUAUGGCGAAGUCAUCUCCACUCGAAUCCUCCGCCACCCUGGCUCGCCAGGAUCAACUGAAGGCCGCUCUAAGGGCGUCGGCUUCGCCCGCAUGCACGGCAAAGAACAGUGCGAAAAAGUCAUCGGCAAAUUCAACGGGCACCCGCUCACCGACCCAAAGAAUCCAACCAAGCCGUCGGGGAAGCCACUCCUCGUCAAGUUCGCUGACGGCGGCCAGAAGAAAAAGAAGAACCACCAGUUGAACAUCACAACCACUUUCCGCCGCGACGAGAUGCCAAUGGCGAUGGAACAUUUCCUCCCCGGUUUCGCCCUUCCGGCUGGCAUGCCCAUGCAUGCUCCUUACCUCAACAUGCCAGUGGGCCCCUACCAGUACCCGCACAAUGCCUUCCCCGCCCCUUUCCAACUCCCAGUCCCCGGCGACGUUCUCCCCCAGGGUUACCCGAUGGGCUACGCGAUGCACAACCCCUACCAACCCAUGGACAUGAGCCCUCCAAUGGACACCUCGGUGGACACGACCAAUUCCAGCAUGGACGAUUCCGUCCAAUCCGUCGUCCCCCAGCAAGCCACCCUCCAGCCACCCGUCAUGAGCGUCCCCAGCUCAAUCCCGCCGAUCUACUACCAACAAGUAGCAUAG